AUGACUGGCGCGGUCGAAGCGCCCAAGAGCGGCCCCAAGGUAAACUUGGAGGCCAUCUGCAAGGACUACCCUAACUCUAAGGUGCUGCUCAUCUCCGUGCAGCGCCCGCGGCCGUUCUUCAUCCGCACAUCAUGCGAGUUGUUGGCAGGAGGUACUGAGGUGCUCAUUCUGAGCGCGCUGGGUGAUGCCAUCCCUCACUGCGUGCAACUCCAGCACGCGCUUAUGAUGAAGAACGCGGCGACCACCAUUCGCUUCGAAACUGCGCUGAACAAGUGCACCAACCCGCGUUCGAAGGGGCCCGUGUACAUUCCGGGUGUCCACAUUUACAUGCGUAAACACCCCGAGUUCAAGGGUUCUCGCAUUUCACCUGCUUACGUCUCAUUUAAUGCGCAGCCGAACGCCGGGGAAUUGGCCCACGCUUUCAAAGCCGACGCUGGCGAGCACUGCUGCAAGGUCAUUGCCGGAAGCACAUCGUUCGCCAUGCCGUCAAAGGGGCAUCAACACGUCCACUUCACCGAACUGCUUAAGUCCACUGGCCACAGCAUCGAUGCUUACACCAAGCUAUUUUCGACGCUCUAUCAGGAGGCUAUGGCUGCGCAUGCUGCCGAUCCCACUGUAUUCACUGUUACCAUGGCUAACUGUGCCUUCCAGCACCCUGAUUUGAAAUUCGCAAUGUGCCGCGUUUCGAAGAAUCAGCAGAGUUUCAAGGCGCCGGGCGAGGGUGUCGUUUUCAUCUGCAUUUUCAAAAAGCACCCGUACGACAACGUUCACAACAUGGGACUGAUCUAUGUCGUGGAGCCGCAGGCCCAGAACUACGCUGACGUCGGUGACUUCUACCAGGCUCUCCACGCCACUGGGGAGAACCUCAUGACUGCCGUUUGCGACCACAACGGCAUGGCGAAGCGCGAUCCCACGAGGUCACGCAAGUCCAUGAUCUGCUGCUCCACGUACCUCAUCUGCGGGGAGAAGAACAGACACCCGAAAGCCACGAAGAUUGACUGCGCCAGGCACGUCUUGAAUGGCAUUGCUGAGGGUUACAGGCACGGCCCUGCGUCUACGUUCCACUUCGCUUACGACGAGGACGCGUACCGUCAGGCCUGGAUGGAGACCUCCGGACUCAAAGCGGAGCCGAAGUGA